GAAAAAGACAUCUUUGGCCUGAAAUCAUAUUCUCUUCCCCUGUUCUCUCCUAUCUCCUCUUCCUCUCUUCUCCUUUUCUCCUUCUCACCCUCUUUCUCUGAAAGUUCUCAGAAAUUAUCCAAAACCUUGCAUCACUCUCUCUCUUUCUCCUUCCAUUCCCCAUUUUCGCAGAACAGAGCAUUGCUUGCUAAUCCCACCAUGGAAGUGAAAGUAACAAGCUCCACCAUCCUCACAAGCCCCAUCUCUCACGCUUCCGACGUCCCCCUCACCAUCUUCGACCGCUUCGCCCUCAACCUCCACGUCGCCAUCCUCUUCGCCUUCACUCCUCCCACCUCCACCAACACUGACAUCAUCUCUGGCCUCUCCAAUAUUCUCGUCAACUUCCCAACUCUCACCGCCAACUUCUCCACCAACUCCCAUGGCCGCCCUUGUCUCACUGUUGGGGGCUCUGAUGGAGGUGUGCUCGUCGUUGAAGCCACUGUCUCAUCCAAACUAGAAGAUCACCUGCCUCUCACUCCCUCACCGGAUUUCAGACUCCUCCAUCCUGAGGUCAAUGACGCAAAGCACUUGCUCCAAGUUCAGCUCAACAGGUUCCAGUGCGGCGGGUUGGUCAUCGGCAUCACCAGCCACCACCGUGUCGCUGACGGCCAGUCAAUGGGCUCUUUCAUUGUAGCAUGGGGGAAGAUGGUACGUGGUAUCCCCGUUGAUCCACUUCCAGUAUAUGAUCAGAAGUGGCUCAAGCCUCGGGAUCCUCCUUUGGUGCAGUUUGAUCACUUGGGGACUGAAUUCAUCCCUUUAUCUCCUCAACCAAAUGAGUUUAAGGCCACUCCAGUUUAUGCUGAUCCUAGUGAGAUCACCAACAUGUUGUUGCACUACACUCCAGAGUUCAUUAUGAGGCUCAAAGCUCACACCAAUAAAUUGAACACUGAGAAGCAAACUACGUUUGAGACACUGACAGGGUAUAUAUGGAGGAAGGUGACGAUAGCACGUCAGUUGGAUGAUGAGGAGGGUACCAUGCUGAUUGUGGGAGUGAAUGGUAGACGUCGGUUACAGCCUCCGGUGCCGUCAGAGUUUUUUGGUAACUUGGUUCUGCAUGCAUAUCCAAAAACAAAAGCAAGAGCAUUGAUCGAAGGAGGGGUGGUGAUGGCGGCGGAGAUUGUUCGCGAAGCGGUGCGAGCCACCGGGAAUGAUUAUUUCCGGUCGUUUAUUGACCUUGCUGAGGUUUACAGAGAUAGCGAUCUAGUGGCUUGCCAUGAGAAGCGAGGCAAUGUGUUGUCACCAAAUUUGGAGGUUAAUAGCUGGUUAGGGCUUGGGCUUGAUGUGGUUGAUUUUGGCGGAGGUGGGAAGCUUUGUGGUAUUUCGAUGACAUGGGAGCAUUAUGAAGGGCUUUCAAUCCUCAUCCCUUCUUUGUCUCCGGACGGUGACGUGGAUGUUUUUGUUUCUCUGUUUGAAAAGGAUGCAAUGAGAUUUAGGGAGAUAUCUCACUCUUUGGAUUAGGGUUAGGGUUUGUUGUCUGGUUUCAUAGUCGUUGCUUUAAUCUGGUCUUUCAGGUCUUGUGUUGUUUGAAUAUACUCAUCGUUGUUGGUCUAAGUGCAUGCUUAUUAAUAUAUUCAGGCACUGAAUGCUGGAGGU